UUGUUUAGCUUGAGAAAUUAGUUUCAGGAAUUCUUACCCUUACCAUUUUCACGUCAUGGACGAUCUGGCAUUGCAUAAAUUAGCCAUGUCAGGCCCCACUAUCGCCUCUAUGAUCCAACGCCUCUCAUCUUCUGCCGCCGACGUCGAUGGUCUCCUAUUCGGCCACGUCACAUACGUCGCCUCUUCCACUCUCCCCGACGAUGAUUCUGCCCAAUCUUCACCCGAUUCGCAACUCGUCGCCACCGUCUCCGGCUUCCUCUGCUUCCCUUCUCUUCUCUCCUUCUACGACUCACUCGGCCGAGUUGACUCCUCCCGACUCUCUUCUAUCACUCACCUCAACCACGAGCCCCUCAUCGGCUGGUUCUCCUCCCGCCGCAAAACUCCCCUCCGCCCUUCCAUGCGUGAGUUCUGCGUCACUCGUUCUCUCUCCUCCACCCCCAAUCUCUCCCUUCCGAUCCAAAACUCCGAUCCCGAUUCCCUUUUCCCUCCGUCCAUUUUCCUCCUCUUCACCACUCCCCUACAAGACCAAUUCAUUCAAACCCACCAGUAUCGGGCCUUACACUUCCAAUCGUCCAGAACCUGUUUUAAUCCGCUGUCAAUCGAUGUUGUUAACAUUGGACCGGCCUUUAGAGGGCAUUACGGGUCGUUUAGCCCCACUUCCGAGCUACCCUUUUUGAGCUGCGAGUUAAGGAGCUCAACACCCAUGAAUGAAGAUAGAAAUGAGGAGACUUCAAUUGGAAUGAAACAAACGGAGAAGGACCAAUCCUUGUUGGAUACUUGCGCCGAGGGAAUGCAUGUUGGGAGAUUGAGCCGGUUAAUCGGACCGGAAGCCACUAACUACUCCGCUGGAAUAGAGGAUUUAUACGAGAAAAUGCUUUUGAAGACCGAAAGCUUGGCCAGGCUCGUUGAAGCCAGCUCCGCUAAGGUUCUUGAACAGGAAAAUCUGAAUAGUAAGUUACGGUACAAAGUUGCCAAGUCUGUUGGGGUCGAAUAAUUGCUUCCUAUUUCAUGCUAGGUGUUACAAUAAGGGCAUGAUGGAGGUAAGAUUGUGGACUAAAUGGUCUAUAGCUACAUGAUGUGCUUGGAAGGAUUUUGGUAGCUCUUACCAGAAAUCAGUUUGUAAUGUUCUGUUCUUUAGCAUUAUGAUUCAUAUUCAUCUACUUCCAGGAAAAAAAUUAUUGUUCUUCCUUUCAAUGGUUUAGAAAAAUCAUGAUACGGCGUUGUUCUUAUAAUGUUUUUGUUUCAAUCUGGCUAAGGGGUAUAUGGAUCCUUUUCUUUUUCAUGAUUAAUCAAAUUAAAUGCUUUUCUGGUACCAAAAGUUUAUAGGUAGAUAUUGGAAAGUUUGUCACUAGCAUCUUGGUGUAUACUUUCACAUUAUAUGCUGCUGCGGUUUGUAUAAUGUGACAUAUGCCAUCAGAAGUUGAAUGGCUAGAUUUUUCUGGGGGAAGAAUCACAAUAAGAAAGAACCAAAAUACAAUUGGUAUCACUUUAUUUUAUUUCUUC